GAUCCACCAAACAUAUAAACAUGAUUUAAACAUGUUUAAUCCCAUAUUCACUGUACACAUUGGAGCUACUUAUAAACACAUGCACACUGAACGGUAUUUCCACGUCAGUAAGUAGUGCUCCCUCACCGCCUAAAUAACUGUUUUCCCCCAGCAUGUCUUUUAUUCAGCAUAAUCAGGGGUCUGGGUUCUUAUGAUAAAAUGGCAAGAGAAAUUUGCGCAUCCCAAAAAGCCCACAGCACACUGCACAUCAUCUGAAACAAACAAAAACGAAAGUUAGCUGUGUUCACAGAGGUUACAAUAGGGUGUUUACCAGGGAGCGUGUACCAUUGUGUGUGCUUUUCAUAUCCUCUCCACGCGGGAAGCGCUUUCUGACAGCCUUUCUAGAAAGCUAACCUGUAACACAGGCACUGGGGCUUUCGGGCCAUAUCUGGAUUCCUCCUCCAUGGGACGCAAGCUAUAUGCCUCAUACAGGAGAAUGUAAUGGCGAUGGAAACAGGAUGGACCGCGAGGAGGAACCACUGAGCACUUUCCCCGACUGGCCGCUAAACGCUUCAGAUAGAUGUGCUGAGCUAGCGCCUCUGGGACCAGGAGAUAUGGUGCGCUGCUGUCGCUGCGACAGGACGCCGAGGCACUGCGCACACGAGGACCGUGCGACUGGCGCGCACCGGCGCCACUUUCCUGCGCGCGAGCUCGUUUCGAGGAGGGACACGAGCUUUGUUCCGCGCGUCCCCGCUUCGACGGAUUCAGUGGACGGCCAGCUGUUGAGCCAGCUGCAGCGCCUGGCCGCGGGCGAGCAGGUGACAACGGGUCAAGCCGCUUAUCCAGAGAUGGAGCCUGAGGACACGCGUCUCACCACGUUCAGCACCUGGCCCACAAGCUCCUCCAUCCAACCGGAAACACUGGCGCGCGCUGGCUUCUUCUACACAGGUCAUAGUGAUAACGUGAAGUGUUUCUUCUGUGACGGCAGUUUGAGGAACUGGGAGCCUGGAGAUGAUCCGUGGCAGGAACAUGCCAAGUGGUUCCCACGAUGUGAGUAUUUGAUCCAGUCAAGAGGACAUCAGUACAUCAACAGUGUGCAGCAGUCACACUUCAACACAACAGAGCAGGCAAGUGAAUUCCAGAAUUCGACUGCAAGAAAUAUUACCACUGGACAUGAUGUGCUGAGUGGGCAGAGUGCACCAGCAGAGACCAUGUUCUCUCCGGUGGUGCAGGCGGUGCUGCAGAUGGGUUUUGACCAAGCAGCAGUUGAGAGCCUAGUUCAGUCUCGCUUCCUGCUCACCGGCCACCAUUACACUUCUGUCUCUGACCUGGUGGCUGACAUCCUGCAGGCUGAAGAGGAGGGGAGGCAGGGCAGUGAUAAUAACACAGAGCCUGUGGUGAGGCAGAGCAGCAGUGCCAAUGGAAUGAAACUGAAGACCUCACUUGGGGAGAAAGUUUUGGUGACCCUGAGUGCUGAGGAACAGUUGAAGCAGCUUCAGGAGGAAAGAACCUGCAAAGUAUGUAUGGAUAAACCGGUGUCCAUGGUGUUUAUUCCCUGCGGUCACCUGGUUGUGUGUUCUGAGUGUGCGGCCAGCCUGAGACACUGCCCCAUCUGUAGAGGAGUGAUACGUGGCAGCGUACGUGCCUUCAUGUCCUGAGGACUACUACACACACCUGCACAACUGAAAGAAAAAGCUCCUCUAAAAAAACUAGUUAUCUUUGAAGUAGUUAAAAGUAUUUAAAGCUACCAUUUACACCACAGGCUCCUGCUCCCAAUACAUUAGAUUCAACUGGUCAGAUAAUUACAAGCCCUUUCUGAAGUGGGUGCGUUAUACCAAGGAAAACAGAUUUGGGAACCUGUGAUGUAGAUAACAAAAUGUUGACACUUUGAAAUUAAAUGGAAUCAAACUGAAGCUGUUUUCUUAUUGUCUAUUGUCUUCUUAUUUCGUAAUGUCUAGUCAGGUCCAUAAAUAUUUGGACUUUGACAAAGUUAUUGUUAUUUUAACUGUCUACCACAGUAUAUUGUAGGUGAAAUUAAACAAUAAAUAUGAGCUCAAACUGCAGAUUUUCCACAUU